GAGUUGUGGUGUAGCAAACGGCGGUGAACUCUAGGACCCAGAGAGGCAGCUCACGGACUCCGGCAGUAGUGAGGCAGAGGCGCAUGCUCCUCCUCCUCUUCUCCAGUGUCAAACUUGACAUGAGCGUGCGAGGCGAGCAUGGGAGCGUGUCUAGCGAGCGAGGACAUUCUCAUAAGUGGCGCGCUACAUGGAGACAUGGUCCUCGCUCAGCUGUCUGUGCCAGCAGCAUGGAUUGUCGGUGCAACAUCCGCCUUGUGAUUCUAGGUAUCAUCCUCCAUCUAGGACCGGCUAUCAGCUCCUCUCCCAAUGAAGUUAACCUCUUGGAUUCUAAAGCAGUACAAGGAGAACUGGGCUGGAUCUCCUAUCCAUUACAUGGGUGGGAGGAAAUCAGUGGAGUGGAUGAACAAUAUACCCCGAUCCGAACAUAUCAGGUGUGCAACGUAAUGGAACACAGUCAAAACAACUGGCUGAGAACGAACUGGGUUCCACGCAGCUCUGCUCAAAAAAUUUAUGUAGAACUAAAAUUUACACUCAGGGAUUGUAACAGCAUCCCACUGGUGUUGGGAACUUGCAAAGAGACCUUUAACCUCUACUAUAUGGAAUCUGAUGAGGAGCAGGGAGCUCGAUUCAGAGAACAUCAGUUCACUAAAAUCGACACUAUUGCAGCUGAUGAGAGUUUCACUCAGAUGGACCUUGGAGAUAGAAUUCUCAAACUCAAUACAGAAGUUCGGGAAGUGGGACCUCUAAGUAAGAAAGGUUUCUAUCUCGCCUUUCAGGACGUAGGUGCAUGUGUUGCAUUAGUGUCUGUACGUGUUUACUUCAAGAAGUGUCCUUUCACCGUGAAGAACUUGGCCAUGUUUCCAGAUACUGUACCCAUGGACUCUCAGUCUCUUGUGGAGGUGCGCGGGUCUUGUGUGAACCAUUCUAAGGAAGAAGACCCGCCAAAGAUGUAUUGCAGCACAGAAGGGGAGUGGCUAGUGUCAAUUGGCAAAUGUCUGUGUGAUGCUGGCUAUGAGGAGAGGAGCUAUACCUGCCAAGCAUGUCAACCUGGAUUCUACAAGGCUUUCUCAGGAAAUGCAAAGUGCGCAAAAUGUCCUCCUCAUAGCGCCACAAAUGAAGAGGCAUCUACGAAGUGUAAAUGUGAAAGGAAUUUUUACCGAGCAGAUGGUGACCCACCUUCCAUGGCUUGUACUAGACCCCCUUCCUCCCCAAGAAAUGUCAUCUCAAAUAUAAAUGAAACAUCGGUGAUCCUAGAUUGGACCUGGCCCAGUGACACUGGGGGACGGCGGGAUGUUGCAUUCAAUGUUGUGUGCAAGAGGUGUGGUGUGAACCCAAAGCAGUGUGUGCUGUGUCAAGAAAAUGUUCAUUUUGUGCCACGCCAGACAGGGCUGACCAACACCACUGUAACUGUGGUAGAUCUGCUUGCUCACACAAACUACACAUUUGAGAUUGAGGCCACAAAUGGAGUCUCUGAUCAGACACCCAAUCAGAGACAGUUUGCAGCUGUCAGCAUCACAACUAAUCAGGCCGCUCCAUCUCCUGUCAUUGUAGUCAAGAAGGAUAGAACAUCCCGGAACAGUGUCACCCUGUCAUGGGUGGAGCCUGAACAUCCCAAUGGCAUUAUCCUUGAUUAUGAAAUCAAAUACUAUGAAAAGGACCAAGAGAUGAGUUACACAAUCCUGAGAAGCAAAAAUACCAACGUGACUAUUAACAGCCUCAAACCAGAUACCACUUACAUCUUCCAACUCCGAGCACGCACAGCUGCUGGAUAUGGGGCCAACAGUCGCAAAUUUGAAUUUGAAACAAGCCCAGACUCCUUUUCAAUCUCUAGUGAGAAUAGCCAGGUUGUGAUGAUUGCUGUCUCAGCGGCUGUAUCAGUCAUUCUCUUGACUGUGGUCGUGUACGUCCUGAUUGGGAGGUUGUGUGGCUAUAAUAAAUCAUCUAAGUACAACUCUGAUGAAAAGCGUCUGCAUUUUGGAAGUAGUCACAUGAAGUUUCCAGGAAUCAAAACGUAUGUAGACCCUCACACUUAUGAAGACCCAAGUCAGGCUGUCCAUGAGUUUGCAAGAGAAUUGGAUGCUGCUUCUAUUUCAAUUGACAAAGUUGUUGGAGCAGGUGAAUUUGGAGAGGUUUGCAGUGGCCGCUUGAAGUUGCCAUCUAAAAAGGAGAUUUCAGUUGCAAUCAAAACAUUGAAAGCUGGGUACACGGAGAAACAGAGAAGAGACUUUUUAAGUGAAGCAAGCAUCAUGGGGCAGUUUGACCAUCCAAAUAUUAUUCGAUUGGAGGGUGUUGUUACCAAAAGUAAGCCUGUAAUGAUCGUCACUGAAUACAUGGAGAAUGGCUCUCUUGACAGCUUUCUUCGGAAACACGAUGCCCAGUUUACAGUUAUCCAGCUGGUAGGCAUACUACGGGGUAUAGCUUCAGGUAUGAAAUACCUCUGUGACAUGGGAUAUGUGCACAGAGAUCUUGCUGCCCGCAACAUUCUUGUCAACAGCAAUUUGAUGUGUAAGGUGUCCGACUUUGGCCUGUCCCGUGUGCUUGAGGAUGACCCCGAAGCAGCUUAUACAACCAGGGUAAUUAAAGCUGUAGAUGAAGGUUACCGAUUACCACCUCCCAUGGACUGCCCAGCUGCCCUGUACCAGCUGAUGCUCGACUGUUGGCAGAAGGACAGGAACAACAGGCCCAAGUUUGAGCAGAUUGUCAGUAUCCUGGACAAGAUGAUUCGAAAUCCAAGCAGCCUUAAGCUCAUCGCCAGCACUGCGGCAAGGCAGUCAAAUCUUCUGCUUGACCGAAACAGUGCUGACGUUACUGGCUUUCGUUCCAUGGGAGACUGGCUUGAUGGUGUCCUGUUGGGACAGUGUAAAGACAGCUUCACAGGAUCUGGUUUCAGCUCAUGUGAUACGAUUGCAAAGAUAUCGUCAGAUGAUACAAAGAAGAUCAGUGUUGCAGUAGUUGGACCUCAGAAGAAAACCAUGACCACUCUCAACCCCCUAGACACAGACAUGAAGAAUGGUCCUGUUGCUGUAUAAAUGGAUUACUGGUACUGUUCCAGCCAAUGGGAGGAGAAAGGGGGCGUUACCUUCGAAAGGCACACAUGUCUGCAAGAAGACUGCAGUGUCUCAGUGAGAUCACAGAGGAUUGCAUGGGAAAAUGUGGCUGGAAGUCCAAAGUGCAUAAGACACUCUAUCAGAGUAUAAAUGCCUUAAAAAGGAGAGAAAAUUUGACAUUUUCUUUUGAAGUAUCACAGAUGUGGUCUGUUGUGUUAAGUAAAGGACUGGUACCAGAAUUAAAUAACUGUGGAGCAUUUGCUAGAUGUUCCAAAAGCACUUUCAAACUGCGCAUUGAAGGAAUUAUGUUUUGGAUCUGAGUGACAGUGGUGUUUCAGUGUUGGGCUUUUAAAAGUAUUUUGUUAAAGAUGAAUACAUAUGGGUUGGACUGACCUACAGAAUGUCCACACCAUCUGCAAUAAUGAAGUGUUUUAUUACUGUUUUCAAGAAAAAAGCAGGAGCUAUAUUAAAACCUGAAGUGGUUUUCUUUGCUACAAAUUUAUAAGUAAAACUGCAAGAGUUUAAAUUAAACUGUGUAACUUUAUGCUUCCCACUUUUUUUAUUCAUUUAAGCUUUUUUAAGUCAGACUUAUUAUUGCAAGUGCCAAAUGUUGUAAAAUGUAUAAAGUUUAACCUAAAACGAAAUGAUUUUUAAAUUCUCGCCUCCUGAAAUUUACAGAUUGAGAUAUGCAUUGAAUUUUCUUGUUCACUUUCUUUUUUAAAUAAUGGUGUCCACAGUUGAACUUUUCAUUCUGUGGACAUCUUUGCAGUGGCUGGGUACAGACAUGAAGCUGACAAACACAGGUUUAACUGUUGUUAAUUCGAAUUCAGGACAUAACUUGUGAAUAAAAUGAAACAUGGUGUUUACAUCUA